CGGGUGGGCGUCUGUGAUUGGUCGACGAGAGCUCACCGCUGGUUCCCUACGUGCAAGAGCGGUGCCGGUGGGCAUUAAACAGCGGAGUAAUCGGGGGGGAAAAUGGCGCUGUCUCAAGGAACAAAGAAAAAAGUUUGCUAUUACUAUGACGGGGAUGUUGGGAACUAUUACUACGGCCAGGGCCAUCCCAUGAAGCCCCACAGGAUCCGCAUGACGCACAACCUCCUCCUCAACUAUGGGCUGUACAGGAAAAUGGAGAUUUACAGACCACACAAAGCCAGUGGCGAGGAGAUGACGAAAUACCACAGCGACGACUACAUCAAGUUCCUGAGGUCCAUACGACCAGACAACAUGUCGGAGUACAGCAAACAGAUGCAGCGAUUCAAUGUUGGAGAGGACUGUCCGGUGUUUGACGGCCUGUUUGAGUUUUGCCAGCUUUCAACAGGUGGAUCUGUCGCCGGUGCUUUGAAGUUGAACAAGCAGCAGACGGAUAUCGCCAUCAACUGGGCCGGCGGACUCCACCACGCCAAGAAGUCCGAGGCCUCCGGUUUCUGCUACGUCAACGACAUCGUCCUGGCCAUCCUGGAGCUGCUUAAGUACCACCAGAGGGUGUUGUAUAUCGACAUUGACAUCCACCACGGGGAUGGCGUGGAGGAGGCCUUCUACACAACAGACAGGGUCAUGACCGUCUCCUUCCACAAGUACGGGGAGUACUUCCCUGGCACCGGAGACCUGAGGGACAUCGGAGCCGGAAAGGGCAAAUACUACGCAGUGAACUACCCGCUGAGGGACGGCAUCGACGACGAGUCCUACGAAGCCAUCUUCAAACCCAUCAUGGCUAAAGUCAUGGAGAUGUACCAGCCCAGCGCGGUGGUCCUCCAGUGUGGCGCCGACUCUCUCUCUGGAGACCGACUGGGCUGCUUCAACCUCACCAUCAAAGGCCACGCCAAAUGUGUGGAGUACAUCAAAGGCUUCAACCUGCCCCUGCUGAUGCUGGGCGGCGGGGGCUACACCAUCCGCAACGUGGCCCGCUGCUGGACGUACGAGACGGCCGUGGCCCUGGACUCGUCCAUCCCCAACGAGCUGCCCUACAACGACUACUUUGAGUACUUCGGGCCCGACUUCAAGCUGCACAUCAGCCCGUCCAACAUGACCAACCAGAACACCAGCGAGUACCUGGAGAAGAUCAAGCAGCGCCUGUUCGAGAACCUCCGCAUGCUGCCGCACGCGCCGGGCGUCCAGAUGCAGGCCAUCCCCGAGGACGCCCCCCACCCGGACAGCGGCGAGGAGGACGAGGAGGAGCCCGAAAAACGCGUCUCCAUCCGCGCCCACGACAAAAGGAUCGCCUGCGAGGAGGAGUUCUCUGACUCUGAGGACGAGGCGGAGGGGCAGGGAGGAGGCCGCAGGAACGCAGCCAACCACAAGAAGGUGAAACGAGUGAAGAAGGAGGAGGAGAAGGAAGGGGAGGAGAAGAAAGAAGUGAAAGAGGAGGAGAAGGAGGAAGAGAAGAUGGACACAUCAGGACCAAAAGAAGAGGUGAAGACGACCUGAAGGAAAAGGGGUUCCUGUGCUCUCCUGCUGUGACAAUAAGAGCCUUUUUUGUAGUCCCGUUUUAUUAUGUGUGUUUAUGGGCGAGCCCGGCCAAUCAACAGUGUUGCACAACUCCUUCAGCUUUUUCUAAGAACCGGGUCCACUUCCACACGAAAGAGCUCCCGAGUCAGUACCUCUCCCGUCACGCUGUUACACAUUUAAAGAUGCUCGUGGGGAUGCACAUGCAAAAAGGCUUUUCUCUUUUAAACAUCUAUUUACGAUACUGUAGAAUAACCAGCAAUUGACAAACUGUUUGGCUUGUUGUCGUCAACUUAUCACUGAAUGCAUGUUUAGAAUAACGUCGCCUUUAGCUUGUACAUACGGCUGUGAUCGGUGCUCUAACUUAUUUUAAUUCAUGACCGGUUCUUCCCGUGAUCGUGGUCUGUGCGUUUCUUUUUCUUCCUGCAUCGUUUGUACGUGGAAUUAUGAAUGUUUGAACCUCUCCAGAGGUGGAAGUGAGCGACUCGUUGGAUAUUUUGUACCAUGAUACAUAAAGGCGGAGCUAGCUGGUUAAAUGGACCCUUCAUGUGUUGUCUAGAGUUUUAACCUUGUGAAAUGUGCAUUCAUAACUUUUUAAUAAAAUCUAAAGUCAUUGAUAUUUUCUCCUGAUUUAAUUUGUACACUUUGGAUUAAACAAUUGUCAACAUUUGUUUCAUUUCUGGAUCCAAAGUGGAGAAGUUUCUCUACAUUUUUGGUCAGUGUGUUGAUCUUUAGCCAUCAGGAUGCAGCAGAAAUUACCUUUGAGCUGUUUAUUUUUUUU